CGAGCGCGCACAGGAUCAUUGCGAUGCUAUCACAACGCGCUGUUCUGCUAUGGACCCGCUCUGCCCCCAAGUUGUACAGUACCUUCCGUUUGUUCCACCCAUACGUCCACGAUCAUGGAGCUAUUGACAUCCUUGCUGCUCCUCAUCCUCCUCGCGCUACGAGUACAGACUCAAUCAGGACCUUCCAAUUGGACAGCCUCUCCAUUCAAUCCUCCCGCUCUUCCACUCGCUGUCCGUUCGCCUUAUUUCAACGUAUGGCUUGCACAGGGUAACAAUCCUCCUUCCCCGUUCGCUGUAAAUGCCAACCCUUGGGCCAUGUAUACAAGCGCGGCCUUGUACGCAAGUGCCGUAGUAGACGACAAAGAGUAUAGACUGCUUGGCCAGUACUUUAGCGGGGAGAAUACUCCGAAUCAGACAGCAGUUGAAUUUACUGCAACGAGGACAUCAUUCCUCCUAUCUGCUGGAGGUGUCCAGUUUAACAUGUCGUUUCUGAGCCCCAUAGAACCGAAUAAUUUCACCCUCCAAUCACUUCCUUUCGCAUACCUAUAUAUGACUGCGCAAUCUACAGAUGGCCAACUGCACCGGGUUAGAAUGUACGCCGACGCUGCCGGUGAUCUCAUCGCGGGUGAUACAAGCAAGAUCGUUGAAUGGCAAUCUGAAGACACGUCUGAUUAUGUUGUUCUUAGCAUGCAACUCCAAAAUCCAGUACCAUUUGUCGAGAACAACAUUCAUCCUCAGGAUGCUACGUUGAUUAACGCAUUCAAAAAGAUCGGAAGCGGGACAACUUCGUGGGCAAUAGAAAACAUUGAUAAGACGCGGGGUAGAUUUGUCGGCAAUCCGUCGGGUGGACUUCUGGAUAAUCAAGCAGAUCCUCCUUCGACCUUUCGACCCGUUUCAUCGGGAAGCAAUUCACCGGUUAUUGGGAUUUCGUUUGACUGGGGAAAUAUCAGUUCUACACCAGAACCUGCUGUGUGGGCUUACGGCGUCUACCGAAAUCCGACGAUACAGCAUCUAACACCUGAAGGCUCCUUUGAGAACAGGAGUCCAUUUUUUGCGUCAGAAAUUAGUGAUCCAGUUGCUACUGCAAAGUUUGUGCUAGAUGACUUCCCGCGGGCAAUAUCUGCAGCCCAAGCUCUUGACGCGCAGAUUCAGGCUGAUGGUGGAGCGUUUUCAACCGAAUACGCUGACCUUCUCGCGUUAAGUGCACGGCAGGCGAUGGGAUCUAUGGACAUCACAAUUCCUCCGUCAUCGGGUGGAUCAUGGGAUACAUCAGAUGUGCAGAUUUUCAUGAAAAACCUCGGGAGUGUCGGUUCUGACAACGAGACUUUAGCGAGUGUGAAUAAUGUGGAUGCACUUUAUGCAGCAUUCCCCAUUUUCCUGUAUCUCAAUCCCGAGAUAGGGAGAUGCCUUCUAGAGCCUCUUCUCGAGUACCAAAACUCCCCGGCUUACAAAUUACCAUAUGCGGCUCGAAACAUUGGUACCUCGUAUCCGAGUGCAACUGCCAAUGGCAUCAAUGACCAACAUAUUUACGGAGUAGAUGAAACUGCGAACAUGAUUAUUAUGAUAUUGGCAUACUCAAUGGCCUCAGGAAAUGGCACACUGAUUGAAAGACAUUACGGUUUGAUGCGAAACUGGGCGUACUACUUGGGUAAUAAUACAAUCGCUCCUUUCAAUCAAUCGUCCGGAGACUUCAGCAUAAAUACCGAUUUCAUUAGCCCCAAUCAGACAAAUCUUGCAUUGAAGGGAAUCAUUGGGAUCGCGGCAAUGGCCAGGAUCGCUGAACUUGCCGGUAUAGUGAGCGACCAGCAAAGCUUUAACGCGACAGCAAGUUCCGCUCUGGAAUUCUGGCAAGACCAGGCACUUUCUACCUCACACGUCAAUUUCUUUUAUGGGAAUUCUAGCUCAAGUGGAUUAAUGUACAACCUAUAUGCUGAUAAGCUACUUCGCCUCAAUUUGGUCCCUGACUCGGUAUACACGCUAUUAACUGGAUUCUAUCAGAACGAAGCAGCUUCUCUAAAAUAUGGGUUACCGCUGAGCAACUCACCAACUCAAAACACGACAACGAACUGGAUGAUGUUUGCUGCGGCUACGGCGAAGAGUAACGCAACCCGGGAUCUCCUAGUAACUCAGAUACAUGCCUACGCGUCAAAUAAUCUUAAUCAAGUGCCAUUUACGUCGAUUUAUGACCCGAUUAAGGGUCUUGGUGGACCAGGCACAAGUGGAGGUAUAGCAAGUCCUGCCCAAGGUGGCAUGUUCGCAUUGCUUGCUUUAAAUACGACGACGAAGUCAGUCAGCGUACCAUUCGUUGACCAGUCCUCGAAUGGAUCAUCUGGAUCGAGCAAACCAAAAGUUGGACUUAUCGCCGGACUCGUCGUAGCAUGCGUAGCCAUUGUCGCUAUUGCAUCUCUUGGCAUAUAUUUCUUCUGGCGCAAGCGUCGCGCGCGGCAGAGUGAAGACCAAAUUGCAACACCCAGAGUUGAACCAUCUGGAUUCGCUCAGCCAUACCUUCUGUCGCCGCCGAUCUCCGAAGCAUAUAGUUAUAGCGCAAUACCAAGUGACUCUGCAUUAGUAUCUCACAGCGCGCCAAGCUCUACUCCCUCGGGGCCAGACAAUUCCUCCCGUGGUACAUAUUUGCAGUGGGAGGGGAUGAGAGGAACUGACGAAAAACGCGAGUUGGCCUUGACGAAUCCAAACGAACUGCAAACGCGAAGCUCGACUGAGCCCAGCUCGCAAGUGGGCUCGGACAGAUCGCAAGGAGUUGAGGCGCUGCGCUCGGAAUUUGAUUCUCUGCGGCAAGAAGUGGAGCGGAUCAGGCAAGAGCGACUUGCAGCAGAAGAGGCACCGCCCGUGUAUACAGACUCAGACGUGUCACGAUCGCACUAGAACAUUAUUUCUUGUAUUCUUUGGCCCUCAUUCUAUUUGUUUCUCUAACGGCAUUAUUU